AUGGAGUCUUAUUGGCAGUACACUGAAAAAGAUACAAGGAUGAUGUACAUCGACAACCCGCUCCUCAUCGGCGGUAAGAAGUUCGACUUGCGUCUUUACGUGCUCAUCACGUCUUUCCGCCCCCUCAAGGCCUACCUGUUCCGCAUGGGCUUCUGCCGCUUCUGCACAGUCAAGUACGACGCCAGCAUCCAGGAGCUGGACAAUAUGUACGUGCACUUGACCAACGUCAGCGUGCAGAAGCACGGGGGCGAGUACAACAGCAUGCACGGCGGCAAACUGUCGGUGCAGAACCUGCGCCUGUACCUGGAGAGCACUCGCGGCAAGGCCGUGACCGAGCGGCUCUUCUCCAGUAUCUCGUGGCUCAUCGUGCACUCGCUCAAGGCCGUCGCACCGGUCAUGGCCAACGAUAGGCACUGCUUCGAGUGCUACGGCUACGACAUCAUCAUCGACAACAAGCUCAAGCCCUGGCUCAUCGAGGUGAACGCGAGCCCUUCCUUGACGUCAACCACCGUCAACGACCGCAUACUUAAGUACAAGCUUAUCGACAACAUCCUCUCGGUGGUGCUCCCGCCGGACGGAGUCCCGGAGUAA